AUGAGCAGCGAUUACUACGAGACUCUGGAAAUAAACAGAGACGCAACAGACGCAGAUAUCAAAAAGGCAUAUCGACGUCUUGCGUUGAAGUUUCAUCCGAGCAGCAACAGAGAACCUGGAAGCAGCGAGACGUUCGUUCAGCUCGGUGAAGCCUAUGAUGUUCUGAGCGACCCUCGAAAAAAGGCAACCUACGACAAGUUUGGUGAGGAGGGUCUAAAGGGUGGUGUCCCAGCCGAGUUUGGCAGCGGUGGAGCUUGGUCAUCGAAAUAUGUUUACCACGGGAAUCCUGAUAAAACAUUCAGGCAGUUUUUUGGAGGCGACAACCCAUUUGCAGACUUCUAUACAAACGAUGCACCGAUGCAGUUGGGCGGCCUGCAGCCAGGAGUGGUAAAGACACAAGAUUCUCCAAUAGAGAGAGACAUUCAUUUGUCCCUGGAUGACCUCUUCCACGGAUGCACAAAAAAGAUUAAGAUAUCUCGGCGGGUUAUGAAUGAAGAUGGAAACGCGUCAAGUAUCAAAGACAAGAUCCUGACAAUAAAUGUCAAGCCUGGGUGGAAGGAAGGCACAAGAAUUGUUUUCUCCAAAGAGGGAGAUCAGGGACCAAACAGCAUCCCUGCAGAUAUCGUGUUUAUUGUGCGGCAGAAGAGUCAUCCCAUGUUUGUAAGACAACAAGAUGACCUGAUGUACAAAGUGGAGAUCUCUCUGGAGAUGGCGUUGACUGGCUUCUCUGUGGAUGUGCAGACACUAGAUGGCAGGCUACUCAGAAUCCCGAUCAAUGACAUUGUGCACCCCACGUACAGAAAAGUGCUGACUGGAGAGGGAAUGCCGCUGUCCCAGGAUCCUUCCCAGAGAGGAGACCUCAUAAUUACGUUUGAUGUCCAGUUCCCUGAGAAGCUCUCGGCUGAGAGGAAACAGCUGAUCAAACAAGCCCUAGCAUUUAAAUGUUGAUCCCAUUUUAGAUACAUGUGAC